CAGAAGUGGAAACGAAUUGGUCAUGGAGGGCAAGGCACUGUGUAUAGUGUUUAUUUAAAUAGUCUUGAAGAAAGUGUAGCUUUGAAGAUUUUACAUUAUGAUAUAAAAGAUAUUUCUAGUGAUGUGCUCAUGCGAAGUACCCUAGCCAUCCAGAAAAAAAAUAAUUUAGAUCCGAAAACCGAUGACUACUAUAUGGUUCUUCAACUCGCCAAUGAUGGAGACCUUCGUUCAUAUUUACUUAAAUCAGAAUUAGAUUGGACAACUAAAAUUAAAAUGGCGAAGGAAAUUUCCAAUGGGGUUAAUUAUAUACACGAUGCAGAGCUUGUUCAUCGUGAUCUUUUAAUAGCGCAAACUCUAUUGCUGUAG